UUUUUUUUUUUUUUCUACUUUUUUUAAAAUAUGUAUAAUAAUAAAAGGAAAUUUCCACCAAAUUUACCUUUGGAUUGUAUUGUUGAAAUAUUAGAAUAUCUACGAAAUGAUAAAAAAACACUUUUUUCAAAUCUUUUCGUAAAUCGAACAUGGUGUCAACUUAUUAUACCAUUAUUAUGGUAUCGACCUUUCGAAAUAAGAAAUAAAGAAAAUAUUAAGAUAAUCGAUACAUUAAUUUUAUGUCUUUCAAAACGAGAAAAAUUAAAAUUUCUAGAAAAGAUGAAUGGAAAUCGAAAAAUGAUUAAUAUAGAAAGGACACCGAUAUUUGAUUAUCCACAUUAUAUAAGAGGAUUAGAUUAUAGAAAUCUUGAAUAUUUAAUUGAAAGUUGGGUAACAAAUUCAAAUGAUAAUCUUUUACCUCGUAAUAUUGAAAUAUUUUUAUUUAAUCUUAUCGGAAAUUUAAUAUUUACUCGUUCACGUGGAUUAACAAUUUUAACUUUAGAACAUUAUGAUUAUUAUUAUUAUAAAUUUAGAAAAUCAAAUUAUACAAGUUUUAAAGAAAUUUUAUCUUUUAAUAAUAUUAAAAAUACUUUGGAAAAUUUACAAAAAUUGGAAAUUAAAUUUUUUUCAGAAAUUUAUGAUGAAAAAAUUAGUUCAGAAAUAAUAUCAAAUUUAUUCUUUACCUUAUCAAAAUAUGCAAAUAAUAUAAAACAUAUUUAUAUUGAUGUUUCAGUUGAAGAAACUAUUUUAUUCUCCCAAAUUUGUGAUUCUUUUACAAAUUUAAUUGAAUCUCAAUCAAAUCUUAUAACUUUAGAAGUUAAUCAAUAUUUGGGUUUUUCUUUUGUUAAUUCUUUAUAUACUCAAUCAAAUUCUUUAACUCUUCUUAAAAUUAAUUAUUUAAAAAAUUUUCAUACUUUAUUACCAGCUCUUAGUGCUUGUAUAAAUUUAGAAACUUUGGAAUUUUCAGAAUAUUUUAUGAUUGAAGAUAUUGAUGAUUUGGUUACUUGUGUAAAUAAUUUAUCUCCUAUUUAUAUCAAAAAUUUACUUGCUUAUAGAAUUGAUCCUGAAAGUAUUGAAGAAAAUUUUGCUUCUUCUAUGAUGAUUUUAAUUAAAUUAUCUGUAAAUACUUUAAAAUCUUUAACUUUAGAUCAUGUUAAUCAAGGAAUACUUGAAGUAAUAAGUAUUAAUUGUCCUAGAAUUAUUUAUCUUUCUUUAAAUAUUAUUCCUGAAGAAAUUUCUUUUUUUUCUAAAAUUUUAUCUUCUUUAACUUGUUUAGAAUCUUUGAUUUUUAUAGAAGAUUUUACUGGUGAUUUAUCUUUUCGUAAAAGGAAUAUUUUACUUGAUAUUGCAAGUAAUUUACCUUAUACUUUAAAAUAUUUUGGUUUUUGGACUAUGGAUUAUGAUAUUUUAUAUGAUUUUUUACAAAAUAUUCAUGUUUCAAUACAAGAAUUGGAUAUAUUUAAAGGUUUAAAUGAUGAUGAAAUGAAUAUUAUAAUUAAUUUUGCAAGAAAUAAUGGAAAUUUAAAAAAAUUUGGUUAUAAAAAAGUUUUUUCAAAUGAAUCAAAUGUAUCUGAUUUAUGUUUUAAUGAAGCAAAAUCUAUUAUUCCAAUUAUUGGUGAAGCAAGACAUAUUAAACAUUAUGUAAUUAAUUGAUUAGAGAAAAAUCUGUGAGAAACUUAAGAAACACUGAGAAAACUUAAGAGAGAAUUUGAGAAUUUGAGGAUUUAAAAAAAAAAAAAAAAAAAAAAAAAAAA